UACCCAGAAUGCUCGACGUCGGAGAAGAGAACGACAUCAUCCAGUAUGUUGGUUGGUAAAAUGCGUAUGAGCUUCUGUGUACUGCCGCCCGCUAGGUUAAAACACUGGUUUUCAAAUGGUCCCUAGGGCGAGCUAACAAGUGCAAGUCCUUUAUUUGUUUCUGUCCCUCCCUUUAUUGUCAAAAACGAAAAAGAUAAUUCUGGUUGUAAGAGUACAGUUACGUUAGUUGCUGAUUUAUUUAUUUUAGUCGCUCCUUUGAAAACGGCGACUGAGCAACCACCUUUGAUGCUGCCAGGACCCCUUGGAUCUGUCAGCGCAGGCCCUGAGGUGUCUGCGAGAAAUUCAAAGCAGAAAAGCAAGUUAGUGUGUGCAGCCGCUCACCACUCCUCUGAGGCAUCGCCAUUGUUAUUGUCCACGUUGUGAUUCGUUCAGGGCGGACGAUGCAGCGCUCCCCGUUAAUUUAAAGGAGAGUGCGAGAGCUGGUCAAGGAGGAGAAGGGCGCACAAAGAAGGAGGUCUGCCUCAGCUAUCAUUCUGUGGUGGAGGGAAGCGAAAACUGGUACAGGGUCAUCCUGACUGUCAUCAACCCCUCCCCUUCUCCCCCCAACCCCCCUUUCUACCUCCAUCACGAUAGGGCUGCUGGUAAACUGAAAGGGAAGAGCAACAAUAGGCUGUAAUAUUCUUCCCUCCCAGCACUAAAAAUGGAUCGCGAAAGAGGAGAGAGCGAAGAUAAUUUAGAUUACUCCGUAGCAAACGUCGAAAAGGCAUUACAUCAGUUGUACUAUGAUCCAAAUAUUGACAACAAGAACCUAGCACAGAAAUGGCUGAUGCAGGCGCAAGUCUCUCCCCAGGCUUGGCAAUUUAGUUGGGCAUUGCUCAGCCCUAAUAAAGUGCCUGAGAUCCAGUAUUUUGGAGCCAGUGCCCUUCACAUCAAAAUCUCCCGCUACUGGAACGAUAUCCCGUCAGAUCAGUAUGAGACUUUGAAAUCCCAGCUUUUCAAUCAGAUUGCAUGUUUUUCCUCUGGUUCCAAGAUAGUGCUCACCAGACUUUGUGUGGCGUUAGCAUCACUGGCUCUCAAUAUGAUGCCAGAGAGAUGGCCAAAUGCAGUAGGUGACAUGGUGAAGAUGUUUCAGACUGAAAGUUCAGAUGUGGAUGGCAAAGCUAGAUGUAUGGCUUUACUGGAACUACUAACUGUCCUCCCGGAAGAGUUUCAAACAAGUCGUCUAUAUGUAAACACAUUACUGAAGCUGAUCCCUCAGGUCCUGCAACUGCAGGAGCAGCUGAGACAAGCUGUACAAAAUGGAGACAUGGAGACAUCACAUGGUAUCUGCAGAAUUGCUGUGGCCCUUGGAGAAAAUCACUCGAGAGCCUUGUUGGAGCAAGUGGAGCACUGGCAAACAUUUCUAGCACUUGUCAACAUGAUCAUGUUUUGCACGGGAAUUCCAGGCCACUAUCCAGUGAAUGAAACUACAAGCUCUUUAACCCUAACGUUCUGGUACACUCUUCAGGAUGACAUAAUGUCAUUUGAAGCAGAGAAACAGGUGGUGUAUCUGCAGGUUUAUCGUCCUGUCUAUUUUCAACUGGUUGAUGUUCUGCUACACAAGGCUCAGUUUCCCUCUGAUGAAGAAUAUUCCUCCUGGUCUUCUGAUGAGAAAGAGCAGUUUAGGAUAUACAGGGUUGAUAUUUCUGAUACUUUGAUGUAUGUAUAUGAGAUGCUUGGAGCAGAAUUAUUAAGUAACCUGUAUGACAAACUGGGACGACUUUUAACUGACACUGAGCAAGCAUCCUCAUGGCAGCACAUUGAAGCCUGUUUGUAUGGGUUUCAAUCUAUUGCAGAAACCAAUGAUGUCAACUAUUCUGAUGUUAUUCCAGGCUUGAUUGGUCUUAUUCCAAGGAUAAACAUUAGCAAUGUGCAGCUAGCUGACACUGUGAUGUUUACUAUAGGUGCACUAGCUGAAUGGUUGGCCGAUCACCCAGUGAUGAUUAACAGUGUAUUGCCAUUAGUAUUGCAUGCUUUGGGCAAUGCAGAACUUUCCAUAUCCAGUGUUUCCACACUGAAGAAGAUCUGUAGAGAAUGCAAGUAUGACCUACCUCCCUAUGCUGCUAAUAUUGUGGCAGUUUCUCAGGAGGUUUUAAUGAAACAAAUUCAUAAGACAAGUCAGUGUAUGUGGCUGAUGCAGGCUCUGGGAUUCUUGCUCUCUGCCCUCCAGGUGGAGGAAAUCCUUAGGAACCUGCAUUCCCUCAUCAGCCCCUACAUUCAGCAGCUGGAGAAACUUGCUGAUGAGCCGCCAAAUCCAUCAAAUAAACUAGCAAUAAUACAUAUUUUGGGUCUGUUGUCCAAUUUGUUCACCACAUUGGAUAUCAGUCACCAUGACGAUGAGCCAGAAGGCACUGAAGCAAAGAAAAAACCCACCUUGCAAGGACCCAACCCUGUCGUGGUGGUCCUCCAACAAGUCUUCCAACUCAUACAGAAGGUGUUGUCUAAAUGGCUGAAUGAUGCUCAGGUCGUUGAGUCUGUUUGUGCAAUCUUUGAAAAGUCUGUGAAGACUCUUUUGGAUGAUUUUGCGCCCAUGAUUCCACAGCUUUCAGAAAUGUUGGGUCAGAUGUACAGUACUAUUCCACAGGCAUCCGCAUUGGAAUUAACGCGACAGCUGGUACAUAUAUUUGCCAAUGAUCCAACGCACUUUGUCCCUGUAAAGGCUCUGUUCCUCCUUGUUACAUCUGUGACCCUCUCUAUUUUCCAACAAGGACCCAGGGAUCAUCCUGAUAUUGUUGAUUCAUUUAUGCAACUCCUGGCACAGGCUCUCAAAAGGAAACCUGAUUUGUUUUUAGCAGAGAACUGUGAUGUGAAGGCCUUGUUUCAAUGUGGAGUCCUAUCUUUGAAAUUUCCAGAAGCCCCAACAGUGAAAGCAGCGUGUGCCUUCUUUACUGAGCUACUGCCACGUUGUCGGGAAGUACAACCUAUUGGCUUAGUUGUCCAUGAAAAUGGAAAACUCUUGUUACAAGCAACUCUAGAAGCUAUUGGUGGACAGGCCCCAAGGAGUCUGAUGGAUCAUUUUGCAGACAUACUGUUUGCUUUGAACAAGCACUGUUUUACCUAUUUAAGCAUUUGGUUAAAAGAAGUGAUGCAGCAACAGAAUUUUCCAUCAAGCCGCCUUACACAAGUACAAAAAGAAACAUUUAGUCAACAAAUAUUAAGAGACAGAGUGAAUAAAAGACGUGUAAAGGACAUUGUUAAGGAAUUCACAUUACUCUGCAGGGGUCUUCAUGGCACAGAAUAUGCAGCCGAGUACUGAAGCUAUGUAAUUAAAUUGAAAUGUCACUCAGUUAAUAGCAUGCUUCCUGCAUCCUCAACACAUUUGCACUGUUUCCUUCUGAAAAAAUGCAUUCUAGCAUGAAGGAUUUUUAAAAUCAGCAAAUGGGCUUCUGUCUGCACUACAGGAUUCGAGAAGAGAAUACAUGCACUUGUGUGCAGUCAUAUUAAGAGGCAUUUUUAAAAGAAAAAAGACUUCCUAUCAUAGGAUUGGGUCAAUAGAGGAAAUGUGCCAGGAUGGUUCUGGCAUCAUCUGUCCUGACUUGCAAGUAACGUGUGUGUAUGUUUUGUGUUGUAAUUAAAGCUUUAUGGAAGCAAUAUAACUUGCUGCUGGAGUCCUGUGAUUUUGGCACUUUGUAAACACGACAAUAUCUCGUAGAGGGAGUUAAUCCCAAAUGAUUCAGCUGUGGAAUAUUACUGGUGAUGCUGCUACAAUGUCUGAAACCAUUUUAAGCAAAUCUAGUAUUUUAGGUUUUUUUUUGUUUUUAAUUUAAUAAUGUGAUGUGGGCUUCUGUCAUAAAGCAAAACAGUGUGGAAUGUUGCAACAGUCUGGGAAUUUAAAAAAUUUUUGGACUGUAACAAUUGCUAUCUGAGAGUUUCAAAACUUUGCACAUUUAUUUGAAGGAAACUGAAAAAUUACCAGAGUUUUGAGUCACCUAUUCUGACUGCAAAUGAAGAAAACACUGGCCCAAGCAAAGGUCUAAUUAUACUUCUGGCAUGGUUUAAAAAGCAAUCAGAGCUCCUCCAUCAGAGCUUUUGAGGCUCUGUAAGCUUUGUUACAGCCCCAUUUCGUUUCACAACUUUGAUUUUUUUGUAAUAUACGCUAUGUGUUACUCUCUGUACAAAAACCAAUACCACCUUAACGUAACUCCAAGCUGUCCUCAUUUUUUGGUAACUUGUUUACUUGUGCUUCUAGAGCAUUCUGGAAGUUCCACAACCAUAGUAUAUAUUCAGGUACUGGAAGUAAAAUGAAAGUCCACUGGUAAAAUCUUGAUAAGAAAUGAUACUGUAGCGUAUUGGUUUUCUAUUGUGAAAUAAAGCUUCACUUGUAAA